CCCUGCCCUGGCGAACGGCCCCUCAGCUUCCCACACACCCAGCGAGCAGCUUUCCCGAGGAUGUCCUGGAGCGAUAUCCUGUAUCCAGACAACCCGGCGAGGUGGGAGAGGGUGACGCGGUUACACCAGGAGCUGAUCAACUGCAUAGAGCUCAAUUUUGAUACCACCAAUGAGCUGAUUGAAGCCUUGAACACACACUGUCAGUGCAAGUUGCACAGUGUUAAGAUGAACAUGAACGGCACCGUCCAGGACAACUGUAACAUACUCCUCGCAGCCAUAAAGUCUAUCCAAGACAUUCUGCAGGCCAUCGAUGCAAAGUUGAAGAGCAACCUGGAGCCAGAUCUCUACCGAAAGCUUCACGAUUUCCAGGAACCUGAUGCCACAAAGAUGCUGAUUCUUCGCAAUGUGUCCACAGUGGUGAGCAGCCUCGCUGGGACUGUGGCCAUGGGGUUCUUUAUCAAGCUGGCGUUGUCACAGGUGGUGGGCAGAGUCCUGAGCCAAACAGCCAUGGUCUUGGCCAAGAUUGGUGCCUCAGUGGUUGGUGCCAUGGCUGGCGUGUUACUGGGCAUCGGUGUCGACUUGAUUCUCAGCGCGAUCCUGGGUGCCAUAGAGAGAGACCAACUGGAGGCGAAGAUUGAGGAGCUCAGUGAGUUGGUGGGUGAGUUCAAGCCAGCCUCCAAGGAGUAUAACAAAGCCAUCAUGAAGAUCACC